AACCCUUCCCCUUCUUCUUCUCGUCUGUGUUGGCACGCCUUCUCUCCCUUGCCGGGGCGCACGCAUCAAUCGAGCCCUUCUAAACCUAGAAUCCCAACCCCGCGCACCCGACCCCUCCCUUGCUCCCUCUGCCGGAUCCCCCGCCGACUGCCGCCGCCGCCCGCCCUUCUCCCUCUGUCUAGUGGACUUGACUGGAGAUCCAUCCGGACGUGGAUUGAUUUGUGCAGAUUUCUCUAUACAAUGAGCUGGAGAAUUCCUCUCUUCGGCAGCUCUCAGCAGCAGCAAACGGAUCCAAAUUUCCAGGAUAUCCCUACCCAAUCCUGGUACCCUCCCUCGGUGGCAGGCUCGUCUUCACGUCCAUCCACACCUACCUCUUCUAGUGCUACCCCACAUCAAAGAGCUUCAGAUCAUCCUCAGCCUUCAUCCCGUGGGCAACCAUCUCCUGCUGAGGCUGCAGGAAUAAUUGCUCGUUUGAAGGAUAAGAGUAUCGAGGAGUUACAGCGGCUAUUGAAAGACAAAGAGGCAUACAAUGCAUUCUUUAAUUCACUUGAUCAAGUGAAAACCCAGAACAACGUGCGUGAUGAGCUUAGAAAGGAGACAUUGCAACUUGCAAGGGAAAAUUUAGAAAAGGAGCAGCGAAUUUUGGAGCUCCGGAAUCAGUGCACAAUAAUAAGAACCACAGAACUGGCUGCUGCACAAGACAGGCUGACUGAUUUGGAGAGGCAAAAGGACGAUAUUAUGAGGUCCUAUUCCCCUGCUGCACUGCUCGACAAGCUCCAAACAUCGAUGGCAAAGUUGGACGAGGAGUCUGAGGAGCUGCACCAAAAGUUCCUCGAGAAGGACAUCGACCUGCCUACCUUUGUGCAGAAGUACAAGAAGAUCCGCACCGCCUACCACAAGCAGGCGUUGCUCCAUCUCGCAGGCCAGACAUCACUGCGCUGAUAUCGGUCCGUAGGCUGUCGUGCUGCGGGCUGCGCAGUCGAUCGUAGCAACUUUGUUGUAUGCCUGCUCACACAUUCGUGUUCUACACUCUGCUGGGGCAUGUUUUUGAGUGCAGCUUAUUGUAGGGCUUGCCAAACAUCAAACGUAUAUGGCGUGUAUAGUUAUGUUGUGUUACGCCUUACGUUCGCUGUCCUGCCGAGUGACCAAGUUGGAUUGACAUGCGGUAAUCAAACCCAUUGCCUAAAUCUCUCCUAUAUAGCUUUUCAAACAAAAAUUUCUUCUAUAUAAAGCCCUCUCAAGGUUCAUGCU